AAAACCCUCACUAGAGUUGCUCCGCCCUUCUCCGACCAACUCUUCGUCCACAGAGAAAGAAAUGCCGUCAUUUUGAUCUCCGGAUCCAUCUGAACCCACCCUCCUUUCACGUCCCUUCUUCCGAUCGGUGCUCCAACGAUCCUCGAAUCAACGCAGAAGCGCCCGAAUCUCUCUUUGGUUUCGCCUCUAUUCGCUCCUCCUCUCCUCAAGGCGAAAAACCCUAGAUUUUGAUUGCAGUUCGUUUAUCGGGUGGGAGAAUCGGUGCUUGAAGAACCGAUCGAAAUCGUGGAGAUGAACUAUCGAGGUGGUAGAUAUCCUCCCGGAAUUGGCAACGGCCGCGGAGGGAACGUGGGCGGAAACCCUAACAUUUAUGCGAGAAACCCGCAGCAACAGCAGCAAUAUGUGCAGCGGAAUCCAGUGCAGGGCCAGCAUAACCAGCAGCAGCAGUGGUUGAGAAGGCAUCAGUUGGGAAACGAUUCUGGAACCAGCGAAGUAAUGAAAUCAGUUCAGUCCGCUAGCAUCGAUUCCAGUUCUCAAGAUUGGAAGGCACAGUUGAAUGUCCCACCUCCUGAUACGCGCUACAAGACAGAGGAUGUCACUGCAACUAAAGGCAAUGAAUUUGAAGACUAUUUUCUGAAGCGAGAGCUACUUAUGGGGAUAUAUGAGAAGGGAUUUGAAAGGCCUUCGCCUAUCCAAGAAGAAAGUAUACCAAUUGCACUGACUGGAAGUGAUAUUCUUGCUAGAGCUAAGAAUGGAACCGGGAAGACAGCUGCAUUUUGCAUUCCUGCAUUGGAAAAAAUUGAUCAAGAUAACAAUGUUAUUCAAGUUGCCAUAUUGGUUCCUACAAGAGAAUUAGCUCUCCAAACUUCACAAGUCUGUAAGGAGCUUGGAAAGCAUUUAAGGAUUCAAGUUAUGGUCACUACUGGAGGAACCAGCUUGAAGGAUGACAUAAUGCGUUUGUAUCAACCAGUUCAUUUGCUUGUUGCAACACCUGGCCGAGUACUUGAUCUUGCAAAGAAAGGUGUCUGUAUCCUGAAGGAUUGUUCAAUGCUUAUUAUGGAUGAGGCAGAUAAGCUUCUUUCUCCUGAGUUUCAACCUUCAGUAGAGCAACUGAUUCGUUUCCUUCCUGCAAAUCGGCAAAUUUUACUGUUUUCAGCAACAUUCCCUGUAACAGUCAAGGAUUUCAAAGAUAGAUACCUAGCAAAACCUUAUGUAAUUAAUCUUAUGGAUGAACUCACCCUGAAGGGAAUAACACAAUACUAUGCUUUCGUAGAAGAAAGGCAGAAGGUCCACUGCCUUAAUACCCUUUUCUCAAAGCUCCAAAUUAACCAAUCCAUUAUAUUUUGCAACUCGGUUAACCGUGUGGAGUUAUUGGCUAAGAAAAUCACUGAGCUUGGCUAUUCUUGCUUCUAUAUUCAUGCUAAAAUGUUGCAAGACCAUCGGAAUCGAGUCUUCCAUGACUUCCGCAAUGGUGCAUGCAGGAAUCUUGUUUGUACAGAUCUGUUCACAAGGGGAAUUGACAUUCAAGCUGUUAACGUUGUAAUCAAUUUUGACUUUCCCAAGAACGCGGAAACAUAUCUGCACCGGGUUGGUCGCUCGGGGAGAUAUGGUCACCUUGGUUUAGCAGUGAAUUUGAUCACCUAUGAGGACCGCUUCAACCUGUAUAGGAUUGAACAAGAACUUGGGACUGAAAUUAAACAGAUUCCUCCACAAAUAGACCAAGCUGUAUAUUGCAGGUGAUCUGUGAUACUGAUAAAUGUGCAUCCUCAUCGGUGGUUAAUAAUUAGAAGACCUGCUGUAAAUAUUGGCUUAUCAAGGUUUAUUUUGUCACCUUGCCUAAGGUACCAGUGAUGGCAUCUUGUGAGGUGUUCGGUGAAACUGAUAGUACAAUCCGCUCAUAUUGUGGAACCUAUAUGGUGAUACCUGUUUAUGUGGUACUUUAAAUCAUUGUCAUCUUCGGUGACCUGUAGGUUUUUAUGUUGCUUCGUAGUGACCUCUUUUUAGCGCUAACAGGUUGCAGAUCAAAGCUUUAAUUGUUUGCAACUUCAGUCAUUUGCCUCCCAAGUAUUUGUGUCGGUGGUUCUGUUGAAGGGAGGUGGUUUUAAUCUGAGAAACUGCAAGGUGUUUCAUGGCUUUAUCAAAUGCUUACUGUCAAGGUCUAGGAUUAGGGCUUGUAAUGCUCAGGUGUCUGCUGAAUCCAUGCAUUCAAAUGCUGCAUGUGUUAUCAGAUCCGAAGAUUUAGAUGAUCUAUCUGGUACCUUUUUUCUGAACAAUUAUCUGUUGCUCUUAGUGUGAUUUGGUGAAUAUUGAUUUGUCUUGUUUGGAGCUCUUUGUAAUGAUUUUUAAAUUGCUUUUGAA